AUGGCUAUGCGCAAGAGGGAACUUCUGCAGAGGUUACUUGAUGAUGAAUCUAGAAAAUAUGAAGGAAAAGAUACGGAUAAAGCAAACCUUCUGUUGGACCUCGUCGCUCAAUUCGUCUUGGUCGAGCCAAAAGUUGAAUCCAUCGCCGCCGGGGAUAUGGAUAACAGGUUUAAACCCUGCCAAUAUUCACACCCGUAUCUAAAGGCCACCGCAAAGACCGAAAAUGUGGUAGAAAAAAUUACUCAAUUCGCAUAA